AUGGAGAUGGUGUUUGAUUAUCACAACUACACAAAGAUAAAGAAGGUUAAGUUGGCUGCAAUUGAAUUUAUCGAUUAUGCCAUUGUUUGGUGGGAUCAAUUAUUGAUUAAUAGGAGGAGGAAUAGAGAGCCACCCGUGGACACUUGGGAGGAAAUGAAAAUGCUUAUGAGGAAGCGUUUUGUACCCAGCCACUAUUAUAGGGGAUUGUAUCAAAAAUUGCAGAGGUUAAUUCAAGGUUCUAAGAGUGUGGAUGAGUAUUACAAGAAGAUGGAAGUAGCUAUGAUCCGGGCUAAUGUAGAAGAGGACCGGGAAGCCACCAUGGCUAGGUUUUUGCACGGUUUAAAUCGUGAGAUUGCGGAUAUAGUCGAGAUGCAGCACUUUGUUGAGUUGACAGAUAUGGUGCAUCAAGCCAUAAAGGUGGAGGAACAAUUCAAACAAAAGAGAUUGGCUAGGAGGGGACAACCUAUGGCUACCACUAGCUCGUGGAAGACAGCAGCUCCAAAAAGGGACGAGCAGCUACAAAAUAAGUCAAAAUUUGAAUCAUCUAAGAGUGCCAACCCAAAGACCGCCACUACUUUAGGUAACACCGUGACUUCAAGUUCUAAAACACGUGAUAUUAAGUGUUUUAAAUGUCAAGGGCGGGGACACAUAGCCAGCCAGUGUGUAAACAAAAGGGUGAUGGUGAUAAACGCCCAAGGAGAGCUUGACUCGGAAAAUGAGGAAGAAGUAGAUAAUGAUGAUAUGCCAUCUUUGGAGGAUGUCGAUGAUGAGCAAAAUGCUGUGGUUGGAGAUUUAUUGGUAGCAAGGCGAGUUCUCAAUGUGCAGGUUAAGGAGGAAGAAAGUAACCAAAGGGAGAACUUGUUUCAUACUCGGUGCUUUGUAAAUAACAAAGUUUGCAGUGUCAAUAUUGAUGGAGGGAGUUGCACAAAAGUAGCCAGCACUUAUUUGGUGGAGAAAUUGGCUUUAACUACCUUGAAACAUCCUCAACCUUAUCGGCUUCAGUGGCUGAAUGAAUGUGGCGAAAUCAAGGUGACAAGACAAGUGUUGGUGGCAUUAUCCAUUGGCAAAUAUGAGGAUGAGGUGCUUUGUGAUGUGGUUCCUAUGCACGCAUGCCAUUCACUACUGGGAAGACCAUGGCAGUAUGAUCUGAGGGUUACUCAUGAUGGAUUCACAAAUAAGUAUUCUUUCACUUUUAAAAGGCAACCUAUUACUCUUGUGCCAUUAACUCCAAAACAGGAGUUUGAAGAUGUCCUUCCUGAAGAGGUACCUUAUGGUUUACCUCCAAUCCUAGGGAUUGAACAUCAAAUUGAUUUCAUACCUGGUGCAUCAAUUCCAAACCGACCUGUUUAUAGGAGUAAUCCCAAGGAGACCAAGGAACUUCAAAGCCAAGUCAGUGAAUUAUUGGAGAAGGGGUAUGUGCCUGAAAGUAUGAGUCCUUAUGCGGUUCCGGUGUUAUUAGUUCCUAAGAAGGAUGGAACAUGGAGGAUGUGUGUUGACUGCCGAGCCAUCAACAACAUAACGAUUAGGAUGAAAGAAGGUGAUGAAUGGAAAACUGCUUUUAAGACUAAAUAUGGUUUGUAUGAGUGGUUAGUGAUGCCUUUCGGUUUAACUAAUGCUCCGAGCACAUUUAUGCAUUUGAUGAACCAUGUUUUGCGAGCAUUUAUUAGUAGGUUUGUAGGUGUGUAUUUUGAUGAUAUCCUAAUCUAUAGCAAAAACUUGGAAGAACAUGUAACGCAUUUGAAAUAUGUUUUGGAAAUUCUAAGGAAAGAAAGGUUGUUUGCUAACCUCAAAAAGUGCACUUUUUGCACGGAUAAGCUUGUAUUUCUUGGUUUUGUUGUUAGUAAGAGAGGAAUUGAGGUGGAUGAGGAAAAGGUGAAGGCAAUCCAUGAGUGGCCAACGCGUACAACAAUCAGCCAAGUGAGGAGUUUCCAUGGCUUAGCUAGCUUUUAUAGACGGUUUGUGCGUGAUUUUAGUAGCUUAGGCGCCCCUCUCACUGAAGUCAUCAAGAAAAAUGUACCGUUUAAGUGGGGAAAGAACAAGAAGAGGCAUUUAGUCUGA